UUGUGUAAUUCACGCACUAACGCUGCAAUCAAAGCCUUACGUGUUCAGAGAGAACGUGGUGAUGCAUUUUACGGCAAUGGCAAUUCACGUGAUCAACUACUUGAUCCUUUUUAUUAUGAAGCCUAUACAACUGUGAAGGAGAAAGUGGCCUCGCGCGAGAAUACAAUUGCAGAGCAGGAAGAAACUAUCAACACAUUGAAGUGCAGUGAAAAAAUGAAGCGGCUCUACAGAUACGUAAAGUCACGGGAAGAACUCACUAAAAAGAGCAAGGAAUUGGAUCUCAAUAACUACAGAAGAAUGUUCCUCAAAAGACGUAUAAAGACUGCAAAUGCAGCAUUGCGAGCCCUCUUAGAGAGAGAGACAAGCAACAUUGAUGAGAUUCUCAAAAAAGAUGCCGAGAUUGCUGAGUUGUACAAAGAGAUCUGUCAUCUACGUGGCGAACUCUCUGAAGAUGUUGUAUUUGAUCAUAUGAAUUCGGAAGAGGAUGAAAAGCUACAAUUACCUUGCUCAACUAAAGGAGAAGUAGAAGAAACUGAGCAAAUGAAUGCAGCUGAAUCUGACAGUGAUGACGACAUUGUUGUACUAGAAGAUGUAGGUGCUCAGAAAACUUUCUAG